CGAUGCUUGGAGUGGAAUGGGUGUCAGGCUUGGGGAGAGGAAGCAGUUGGCAGGUGCAGUCUGGCACCCAGACUGAGUGGAGAGACGCAGACCCACUUCUUUGCACCACAGGGUCUGUCAUCAUCCCCUGAAUCUACCCCCUGAUGAUGCUUUCCUGGAAGAUGGCUGCCUGCCUGGCUGCUGGGAACACAGUGGUGAUCAAGCCUGCCCAGGUGACUCCACUCAAAGACUUGAAGUUUACAGAGUUGACCUUGAAGGCUGACAUUCUCAAGGCUGUAGUCAACAUCCUCCUUGGAUCUGGUAAAGGGUAUGGACAAGGGCAUGUGGGGGCACCAGGGCUCCAGGAAGUCAGAGAUGCACUUGGUCAGGACAGGGCUUGCUACAUGAUGUGGUCCAGUGUGGAAGAGUGAUCAGGGGCCCAGCGAUCCAGUUGGGGUGGCCAGCCUGGUGGCCCUCUCUCAUGGUGGGAGUCCCAGACCUGGAAGGGUUCUAGCUUUCAAAUA